AUGAUCGCCACAUCCUAUCGACGUGAUCCAACCAUGGCAUUCAAUCGCACCGCCUUAUCCAAUCUCUCCCUUGAAGACGAGAGAUACCUCAACCAACAAUUAAGUCCACAGUCGCGUCCCAUGGAGCUCUUCCCCACGACCAAAGCUUCCGACCCUCUGCCCGGCAAUUGGUCCUACGACAGCGCCAUUGACCUGUUCUCCUUGAACCCCGCCGAAAUGGACCCCGUUUCAUUCGACUUUGCAGAUAGCUUGACCAAUGCCGACUCGAAAGAUCUUUUCAUGGAUUCAUUCGGUACACCAACUGCUAUCAGCGGAUUCAGCAUGCCCACAGCCGAAGAUACCGUCUCGCUCUCUUCAGACCUCGACAGCGACGACCAAUCCUGGUCAAUGAGUGCCCGCCCCUCAAUCGACAUGACCUCCCCAACAUCCACAAAACCAACCACCCGCGCCUCCAUCACCAGCACAUCACCGACAACGUCAACAUCAUCAACCCGCUGGUCCUCAAGCCCCGAAAUAAAACCCCAACAAUACAACCCUCCACAAACCCGCACCGACAAACGCCGCAAAACCCGCAGUCUCUCCGACGAAUCCAACACCUCUUCCUCCUCUGCCCAACAACCCCCAUCAACAUCAGCAUCAAUCGCACAAGACCCCCAAGGCCGCAAUGCCGCCAAACGCGCCGCCCACAACAUCAUCGAAAAGCGCUACCGCACAAACAUGAACGCCAAGUUCCUCGCCCUGGAAAAAGCCAUUUCGCCCGCUGGCGUGCAGAAAUCUUCGCGUGCGGCAGGCGUCGGAGCGGGAGCGGGGUCAUUGAAGAAAUCGGAGAUUUUGAGUAAUGCGUUGGCGUAUAUUGAGCGGAUUCAGCAGGAGAAUAUGGCUGUGCAGAAGGAGUUGGCGAUGUUUAAGCAGGGGAUUGUUCCUGGUGGGAUGUGGAGGGGUUCGAAGCAUGGUCGGUCGUGA